AGCCUCUAGUUGAUGUAGUGUAGUGUCCAGUAGUGCGCUGUAUCCCAUUGAGGCAACGGGUUCACUAUUGACAGUACCACACCGUCUUGAGUGCAGUGCCUCGUCACCACAGUGCUAAUUCCGCCUCCUGUGACCUGCAGCACCCCUCCCCACAAAGUACCAGGACCCACCAACCUUUGCUCAGCUGCCGAGGACUGCCAGUGCAAAAGUGUUGAGCAGAUAAAGAACAGAUGUGAAGUGCAGGCAGUGAGUCCUGUAACAUGGCCCAGCUACUAAAGAGCUAACAAUUAGUGGUGUACCUGCAGACCUUAGUGCCACCCCAGCAGUGCCAUCACUACACUGCACUGAAAACAAAUAAUAGAUUUCUUAGUUUGGUGAGCAGCAUAACACACGAUGGCGGCUCAGACACAGACUGCCGCCGCCACAGACAGCCCGUCAAGGCGUGCUGUCCCCAAAACUGUAAAAACCGUUGUGCCUGCCAUAGAGGACUGUGCAUACACACAGUUCUAUUGUGAGGAAAACGUAUGGCGGCUGUGUGAGUAUGUGCGCACUCAUGAGGCACAGGAGCUGAGCAAAUGUUUUGUGGCAUUCAUCAGCAAUGACUCCCGGUGCGUGCCACUGUGGAGACAACGAAUGGGCAAGUCUGAGGACAAGCUAAUUACCUGGGAUUAUUCUAACAUCUUCACAUGUGUUGCGCCGAGUGAAAAGGACUAUCACGUGAUAUUUAUGUAUGAACCUGAUGAGCGUUGUUUGGUGUUUGACCUCGACUCUGACCUGCCAUUCCCAACCUAUUUCCACAAGUAUGUCACAGAGACACUCCGCACAGACCAUAUCUUGCGGCCUGAGCACUACAGAUACUUCAGAGUAGUGCCAGCAGCAACAUUUCUUCAGAAGUUUGCCAGUGACAGGCGACACAUGAGGCGUGAGGAUGGAAGCUGGAUGCAUCCUCCCCCUCCCUCCCCUCCCAUUGCACUACCCGAGUGUGUGCACAACCUUGAUGACUUCAUCAGUAUGGAUGCCAAGCGAGGUGUGGGAACGGUGUACAACCUUCAAGACUUUGUUCGCAGAUUUUACAAGAACAUGUAGAAUCACUAUAUAAUUAUAACUACCCUCUUCAUAAAGAUUUCCAUACUUUUUUGCACUUUUAUCUAAUCAGGUAUAUCAUGCACAUCAUCAUUAAUCACAGGAAAUUAUUGUGUUAUUAUUUAUUUUGUACUGGAAUCAUAGGUAUAUACAUAUGUACUUAGGUUUACAUGCAUGUAUUAAUGGAAUUCAUCAAUGGGAAUGAGGAAUGUGAAAGCAGUAUGACAGAGUUCUUACAUGACAGUUUUCUUGAGAUUGUUAAGUUCAAGCUUAUGAGCAGUUUUAAAAAGACAUGUGUGAAGAUUCUUUGUGUUAUUCAAUUGAGUGAAAAUUAGUUAAAGGUUAAAUUGCAUACUUGCUUAUGUAUAUGUAUUGGUCUUUGUGAAAAUAUGCAUGGCUGUUCAGAAGAUAGUAGCCUGCAGAAGUAAGCUAGGUACAGGAUGAGCUGAUUACUGUUUCUCAGGAAAGGUAUGUCUCAAAUUGCUUUUGUGUGCAAUUCCCAUACCUAACAUGUCCCUUUCCUCUUGAUUCUGUCUUGUUUGUUAAUGCAAAUUGAAGAACUUGACAUUCUAUCUUGAAUUCUGCAUAUGAUGUACGUAACAUGUUUCAGUUGAUUGCAGCUCUCUUUACUUUAUUUAAAGCUGUUAUGAUUCUGUUGAGGAUUACAAAAUUUACAUUUCCUAUUUAAUUUUUAUUUAUUUUUUAUUUAUUUAUGUAUUUAUUUAUUUAUUUAUUUAUUUAUUUAUUUUAUUUAUUUAUUUGUUUUCUUUUCUUUUCUUUUUUUCAGACUUAAAACAAACUUUAUAAAAAUGUUAAAGUCCCUAAACUUCAAAUUUGUUUAACACAAAUUUCACAUAAUAGGAAUAAUAUUAAGAGUCAUAUUUAAUUUUGUGAUUCAAAUAUGUCAGGGAAUGAAUAGCACAAAGUUAUUUGUUUAUAUAUUAACAUCUUUGUUUGCUAUAAACAGCAGCAAGUUUGAGACAAAGCCUUUUAAUCCUAACAUGCUUCAUAAGCAGUCUCUACAUGGUGCUUUUGGUAAGAUGUGUUGAUUUACAAAUCUUAGGUUUUUAUUAUAAUAGUUAACAGAUCUUUUGAUUUGAUGAAGAACUACUGAAGUAUUUUCUAUUUGGUCCUUAUAUGGUAGUAUCUGCUAGCUAAUGCUGGAGUGGCUUGCAUUCAGUACACUCCAGAGAAACUGUCCCACUGUGGAAUAUUCCUGUUGUUACUUAUCAUCUGUUCUUCAGAAAACUGAGCUUUGUGAGGGGGUACGUUUUGUAAUUAUCCAGUUACAUAACACUAAGUCAUCUAAUAUUCAUACCUUCCAAUUUCAAUUUCAAUGCUUUCAUAUGAAGUGAGCUUCAAAUGUGCCAAGCUGCAAAUUGUAUUUGGAGCUAAAGCAUAACUCUGCACUUUACUGUAUUUAAUAAAUAUGUUAAAAAUACUUAUUGAUAUAAUAUAAUUGGUAUAUGCAUUGUUUCUAUAAAAUUACAUAAUUUCAUGCAUGCACUAAGCAUUCUAGGCUUAAUGCUGCCCAUUUUACAGGGCACUGAGACUAUUCAGAGACAUAUUUUCUGACCGUACCGUGACCCAAUCCUGGUGGUUGUUAUAUGCUAGACUGAGUCACCCAAGCUAUCUAAAUGAGCAUAAAUUAUCAUAAGGAUACUUCAGAGAAAUAUCUCUCCAUACAAGAGGUUUCUUACUCCAUUAUGUGUUGUGAGUUCGGUUGUUUGUUGAAAGAAACUGUUUCAGUCUACACUAUGAUUUUCAAAAGUGAGUGCAGAAGAUAUUUAAACAACAUCAUGCCAUUCAUUAUAUUCUUAAGCAAGUUGUUAAUUUGAAUAACUGAGGAGUGAAUAUAUUAUAGAGAUUAUUUUUUUAGUUAUAUGUGAAAGGAAGCUAUGAAAAAACCGAGAAAUACAUGACUUAUACUUUCAAUUAAGGUCAUACAUAGUUAAAAAUUUAAAGCUGAAUUAUUUUCUUAUCUUUAACAUAGAUUGUCAACAAGGUCAAAAUAAGUAAUCUUAAAAGUGUGGUACGAAAAUAUUCUCACGUCUCCUUAAUCCAUCCAUUCUUGUCAGAUUGCAUUUUGUAAAUUGCCUGUAUCUUUUCCUCUAACAAAGAGUAUGCUAUUUAACUUUGAAGUGUGUAUGGGCUGUUAUUAGAGGCAUUAUUUAUUUUGAAAAUUUAUUCAUGCACAUUUAUUUUACGAUCUUCAUGAUUCUCUGUUAUCAUCCUCAUAUCUUAUUUAGGUUGUACAUGAGUGUAGUUGUGAUCAUUACAUUCCACCUUCAUAGCAAAAUCUUUGUAUUAUAUAUAUAUAUAUAUAUAUAUAUAUAUAUAUAUAUAUAUAUAUACCACAUGCUUUUCAUUCUCUGGUGCAUCAAAUUGUUCCUCAAAACAGCCUCAUACUCUGCAAUCUUAAAGGCAUGCUUCAUAAUGCUAUAUAGAAUACUGAAUAAUUUUUCAGCCUAGCUGAAUGUUAUAAUGUAUUGCAGUUUAUAAAAUGAUGCCUGGAUGGUUUGGGGACCACAAAAUUAACAAUGGAAUUGAAGAAAUCCAUAAGGGGAAAAUCUUCCAUUAGUCAUCAGUUUUAGUGUAGUUAGGAAAGCAGAUUUUUCUAGGAAGUGGUAGAUAGAUUCUACAUUUUUUACCCACUGUUGAUAGUCUACUAAACACCAGGCUUUCAAAUUUCAGGUCAUUUUAAUAUUGUUAAUGUAAAUAUAGCUCUUUUUGGUGUACAUGUGUGUUCAGUGCAGUCACUUCUAUAUGUAGAUAUGACAUCUACAAACCAAAGUUGUCUUCUAUUUCAUAUAAUGUUUCAUGAAAUGUCUUAACACUGCAUCAAGCUAUAUUUACCAUUUUGGAUACAUUAUCUAUUUUCAUAAAAUCUCGUGUUUAUUGCUGGGUUGUAACUGUAAUCAUAGUCGCCAUAUUAUUUGAAUGUUAAAUAUUCUAUAGCUUGUAGAACCUUUUCCUAUUAAUUUUAUUCAUUUGGAUGCAGUAUACAUUAUAUGCCUCCCAUGACACUAGUUAUACCUAUGAUUUAGUUUUCAGUUCGUGGUAAAGGUUUUGUUCCUAUGCUGCUCAUGGCACAUGUUUGUAAACAUUAUGUUCUGCAGCUUUAAGUAAUUUGUUUUAUCAGUAUGAUGAAGUAUUUAAGGUGCAUAUUUUACAUAUACUACAUAUAUGUAUGUGAUUGUUUGUAAAGUGAAAAAUUUAUUUUCUAAGCCGUAUUCUGAGCAUUUUGACUUCUUUCGUAUUAUAAUUCACCUGUGAUCAAAGUGCACUUUUACAUCAAACUCACAAGAGAGGAAGCCCUUGUAUUAAGUCUAUGGCGGUGGUGGUGAUGAAGGCAAACAGCUGUGUCGGGACGUGCCCACACCAGAAACACAGCCUGUGCACGUCAACACCUUAGAGCUAUUAUCCAUAGUGUAUCUGUAAUGGGAAAGCUUUGCUAUAAGGCCAACAUUUUGUAGAUUUCCUACAAAUUUAAUAAUUACUGAUAAAACUAGUAAUAUUAUAGGUAAUGUAUUGAAGUUGGCAGUUUGUAUUUAAGAGGCUGAGAGUUACAACAAAGUUCUCUUACACAAUUAUGAAGACAAUCUCAACAUGAAUUAUAGUUUUUUGGUGUGUAGGUCUGUUAUCAUUUCUGUGUUGGACUGGUUUAGUAUAAGUUUUUGUCCAAGGAUGUGGAAUUAAUUUUCAUGUAUGUAGCAGUCAAAAAAAACAGAUGUGCUAAAUUUGUUUUGAUCAUCGAUUGACAAGUGCCAUGUUGUGUUAGAAUUAAUAAGUGUGCUCUAAGAUGUGAAGCUGUUGAAGUAGAGAAGCUUUUUAUGAAAUAUAUAAAAUGAAUCACAUGUUUUCCAGUAUUUGAGUGUCAAUUUUUCAUCAGGUAUCUCGAUCAUGGAAUAUGGCAAGUCAGAAUAAUUGUUAUGUGUAUUUAGGCUGCUACAAACUAUUGUUAUUACUUAUUCAUUUGCUAUUUUUAGUAACUCAUAUGUGGGAAAAUGUGUUCAAACUUAUUGUCAGUGAAAGAAAUUGAAAUGCAUAUCCAAUUAGGUUCUGCCUGUCUCAGGGUUGUCAUGCUGCUUCACUGUGUACAAACUGUGGUAUGAGAAAAAGUUUUGUCAAAUUAUCACUGUUGUCCUUUGUGUGUUCAAGAAUCUGAUUCCUUUGAUUGAAAGUACAUGAAAACAAAAUAAUAUUGGCCUUGAACUCAGAUCCACAGAUACAAUUAAAUAAAAGCAGAAACUUGCUGUUUUUUUUUUUUUUUUUUUUUUUUUACACUGCACUGAUUGAGGUGCUGUUUACUAAUCUGUUUAAAAAAUGAUAUAGAGAAAAUUGAAAGCAUUUGAUGUUUACUAAAUCUAUGUUACAUAAUGGUGUAUGCUAUUAAGACUUUUCUAGUUUUGAUAACUUAGAAAGUACAGUAGUGGAAUCAAGAUUUACGGAUACGUACUGCCUUUUGGGGACAAUAUUUUAAAUCUGAAAAGAUGACUUAGGUUUUCAGUAAUCUGAUUAGCAGUAUUAAGAAUUAGAAAAAAAUAUGUAAGUUUUGGUACUGAUUUGGUUUUGAUACUAUAAAUGAAACCAUAAUUUCAUUCUCUUUGAGGCUUCAACUGAAGAACCAUUUAGCUGUGGUGGUGAAUCAAGUAAUUACUCUUGCACUCACAAAGACCAACAGCAACCUGAGCAUGGCACACACUCUUUGGUCCUCACACUUCAAUGAUAAAAAUCUAUGACUUAAAUUUGUAAUGAAAUCUUGUUUAUUGAAAUGGAAGGCAUUAUUAUAUGUACCAGCUGCUCCAGAGGACUCGACUGUCUUGCCGGUAUUUUUAGUUUAUGACCGUACAUUAACGUAUAUAAGUGGUAACUAGGGUGUAUAGCUUUUUGUUUCAUGUUAAAAAUGAAAAAAAUCAUACACAGCUUCUACCUACAACUGUUAUGUCAAGUGUUGUAAGCAUUUUCAAAGUUGAGAUAUUCUGCAGAUACUAAAGUAUAUACUAUAUACAGUAAUAGGCCACUAUGUUUAUCUUGCAAUUCUAGUAAUGUUUUUAGCAAUUGCAUAAGAAGAGCUUUUUGUGCUCAGCUGUACAUAUCUGUUGAUUGCCUUCUUGCAAGUUGAUCAUCAUCAGAUUGUUUCUAUACUAUACGUAUCUAUCAAUAUUGAGAUAAAUAUCCAAUAUUUGCAUAAUAUUUAUUUUUAACUCCAUUAGAUCAUUGGUUCAAGAAGAUGAAGGAGUUACAGUCUGCCAAGUUGUCGUGGCAAGAACACAGCAUGCAUUAAACUGUAAGCAGGCAAUGUAUCGUCAAAAUACUAUUAAUUGCUUUACAUCUUGCAACAUUGCAGAUUGUAACUGUAACCUUCAGUGAAUAUUAUGAUUUCAAACACUCAUUACAAUUAAAUUUUAAAAGGAAAACUUAUUACUGGAGAAAAUCUCUCAUUGUCUUAUCACUGCUGCUAAGCAGAAAUACCUCAGGCUUAUACUGAUUUUCCUCCUACCUUACAGGGAAAAUAUGGCUAUUAAAAGAACUUGAAAUCCCAGAAACUCAAGCCUUUAUAUACGAAGUGCUUUUAAUGUACUUUUCUGAUUGUGUGACUGAUCAUUGUAAACUCUGAUUUGUUUUCUUAAUAAAUGAAAUUGAUUUCUCUUUUACUG